GAGCAAUGAUUAUGUUUAUAGGAAAGGGGCGAAAUUAGUGACAGAGCCAGAGGGUACCGGGUUGAGCAAUACUUGUGUGUUCGAGAAAUAAGGGGUGAAUUUGACAGAGUUUGAACAAAGCUUCCGAAUGGCUACUGAACAAGAUUCAGACGCUCAAAAGAAGCUAGCCAUGGACUUAUAUUGGGCUGUAAAGAAGGAUGACGUCACCAAAGUUAGGUCCCUGUUGGGACAGGGAGCAGACCCCAACCACCAGCUCUACUGGAGUAACGAGUGGGCGGAUGAUUGGGAGGGUAUUCCUCCAUUACACUGGGCUUGCUGGAGGGGCUACCUUGAGAUUGUGAAGACACUUGUUACUCAUGGAGCUCGUACUGAUAAAGGUGAUAGGACGAACAACAGUACUCCACUUCACCAUGCAUGCAUGCGAGGUCAUAAAGAGAUGGUGCAGUACUUGAAGGAGGUCGGGUGUAGCACUGAUGUGAGGGACAGGCGGGGCCUAACACCACUGCACGAGGCUUGUAGGGAAGGACAUAUACAACUAGUGAAAUACCUAGUUGAGGAACUAAAGUGUGAUGUUGAUGUGACUAGUGAUGAUGGCAGGACUCCUCUUGACCUGGCAGUACGGAAUGGUCAGACUAAAGUUGCUGACUAUCUGAAGUCUCAAAAACCCUCCACUCCUGAAUCAGCGGCAGAAGUUCUUUUUGCGUUUCCGAAAACUCAAGAUGGUGAGCUGUCUUUGAAUGUAGGGGAUAUCAUUCAAGAUGUUGUGACAGUUGAUGAAGGCUGGUGUGAAGGAACUCUGAAUGGAGAAAGAGGGCUCUUCCCUGUCAAUUUUAUCAAAAUGAGACCAGCCAAGAUCCCACCUCCAGCACAACCACCAUCAGAGCCACCGGUUGUGCGAGAUGGUGGAGGAGCUAUAAAGAGCCGACGUGCUAAGGUGGUGUACAGCUUUGUUGCAGAAAGUCCUAACGAGCUUUCUCUUGAAGCUGGACAGAUCGUUGAGGUGAUAGCAGAAGAGGAGGAGGGAUGGUUUAGAGGGAGGCUCAACAAUAAGGAGGGGGUCUUCCCAAGUAUCUUUAUAGAAUUCAUCCCGGUACCAGCCGAGCCUCCACCAGAACCAGCCCUCAAUGAUGAAUCAUCUAAGUCUGAGCAAGCUCUUAAUGAAGCCAUGAAGGCUGGAUUUGUCCGUGUGAACACUACCAAUAUCUUAUUCUUUGGAAUGGCGGGCACUGGUAAAACCUCCACUAAGCAUCUCCUUCUGGGACUGCCUCCUCCUGUAGAUCGAAAUAGCACUCCAUUAGCUAGCACAGCAGAGAGGAUAUGUAUUCGACAAAUUCGUGACACUACAAAGAUAAAAAUGGAAGCUCAAGAAGAUCCCUCUAGACCAUGGAAACCAGUAUCUAGUGAUGACCUACAACGCAUUGUUGCUGAUGCUAUUAAAUCUCAUGUAACCAGCUCAGAUCCUAACUCUAAAGCAUCUGCUAUCCCACAAGAAGUCAGCAUUGCUCUGAAGCAACUUGAACCUAGCAACGAAUUCGAUAUGCCAGUUGAUGCAACUCCUCCGACUUUAAGAGCGACUGAACCAUCAGUAGCUGGAGCAAAUUUAACUAGUAAGCUAGAAGGAAAAAAGAGUAAAUUUCUUAGCACUGUUUCAAAUGUAAUGGCGAAUAUUCAGCGAUUUUCUGAUGCUGAUCGUACUGCUGUUCAAGAAAAGUUUGGAUCUCAUUGGAUCUACAUAAUCGAUAGCGGUGGGCAACCACACUUUCAUAAUCUACUGCCACUCUUCAUGCCCAAGAUUUCUGUAGCUUUGUACAUUCUUCGUCUCUCUGACUGCCUUGACGAUCAUCCACUGGUUGAAUACUACAAGGACAAUAAGCCAGUUGGUGAAGGUUUCAAGUCACAUCUCUCAGUUUUGGAUAACUUCAAGUAUCUCGUGCAGUCAAUUCAAUCUCAUAGUGAAAACUGCAAGCUGGUAUGCAUUGGUACUCACAAAGACCAUCAAUCUGAAUGCAAAGAAACAUUAUCUGACAAGAAUAAAACGUUGUUGAAUUUUGCGGAGAAAGACUGCAUUAAGAAGUUGACUAUGUUUUUCAAUUUGGGUAUAACGAAAGAGAUUAUAUUUCCUGUAGAUUGCAAACACUGCGAUCCUGACAGUAAGGAAGUGGCAAAGACAAUUCGUGAAUAUGUUCAUAAACUAUCUCAAGAGUUGAAUAUUGAAAUCCUUGUCCCUUUUUGGUGGUUUAUUUUGGAAAUUAUUGUCGAGAAGGUUUCCAACGAUGAAAACAGAAAAGUUCUAAGCAAGACCGAAUGUGUAGAAAUUGCAAAAACGCUACAUAAUUUUCACGAAGAUGCACUUUGUGAAGCUUUGAAAUUCUUCCAUGAGCAUCACAUCUUUCACUAUUAUCCUGCCAUUCUAUCAAAUGUGGUAUUCUGUGAUACUCAAGUGCUUCUCGAUAAAGUAACAGAGCUUGUCGAGUAUGCUGCAUACGUGCGAGGAAGUAACACUCCAAUACACGGGUUAGGAGACUGGUUAAAAUUUACCGAUAAAGGAAUUAUUACGAUUGAACUUUUAUCUGAUAAGAAUUUUGAAAAGCAUUAUAUCGAUGGACUCUUUGCACCCAUCGAUUUGAUUGAAAUAUUCAAGCACUUGCUGAUAGCCACCCCAUUUCGUUUAUUCUCACGAGGGCAAGAUAAGCGUUUCUAUAUGCCAUCACUUCUAUCCUUGCUCCCACCAACUCAAGUCAAUGACAAACGAGCUGAUUUGCUGAAGACUAAUUUAAUCCCACUCGUUUUACACUUCAAAAGCAACUGGCAGUGCUGUGGAGUGUUUUGCUGUCUACAAGUGUACUUGAUUAAAGAAUGUGAAUGGGAAAUUGAAAUGGAGGAUCACCAGCCGAGUAGAAAUUUUGUACAAUUUAUUCAUCAAAAGCGAAACUGUACUGUCACGCUAAUUGACGGGUUUUCAAUGCUCGAAAUUCAUUCCACCAAUAAUCGAAAAACAAUUUUGUCAUUGAUAUUUGAAAAUAUUCACUCUGGUCUUCGAUCUGCUUACAAAGCCCUGAAAUACACGUAUGAGGAUCCUGAAGUUGCGUUUUUGUGUCCCUGCAUAUCUCAAUCUAUCUCUAGUCCAAGUCCCCAAGUGCCCCACCACCCAGCUCGUGUGCUGGCUGAGGACGAUGUUAUGAGGUGUACUCUAUUCAAGAAGACGUAUCAGCUAGAAGACGGUCACAAAGAUUGGCUCUCUGCUUGUAAUAAACUGGAAGGAUCGUCACAAGAGGAGCCUACUAGCAGAAACCAAACAGUAGAAAUUGCACAACAACAGUCGUCGGUUCUGACUGGAGAUGAUAUUCUAACAAUUUGUGAGAAUCUGAGAAGUGCCAGCAAGGAUUGGUUCAACUUGGGACUGGCUCUCGGGGUGAAGUUUUACGAGUUGGAAAAUAUUCGAGAUCGUAGCACAGAUAAUGUGUGCCGCCUAACGAUGAUAGUAGCCAAGCGUCUUGAAGUCACUCAUCCACCGAUGACAUGGCCUUACAUAUGUGAAUGUCUAAGGAGGCCUACUGUUGAGCGUAACGAUGUAGCCGAGGAAAUUGAAGACAAGUAUGUGAGGACAGCAACUGCAGUUGCUCAUAGUGCCACCAAUUGAUCAUGAUAACCUGACAAGAUACUGGAGUUGCUUGAAAGGGACGAAUAAAGAUGUCAAGUAAAGAAGCAUGCAAGAACUCUGUGUUGACUAUAAGUACUGACUAUUAUAAUGCUCUGUGUUCUGUGUUUGAUUAUAGUUAUUACCACCUUC